GCUACAGCCCAACAACAAGAACAACAACCACAAGCGAGCCAAACAACAGCAAGAGCUCCACCCGCCGAAGGUGCUGCGCUGGAACCUCAGCCGGCGCUCACUCAAGCGGGACGACCGAGGCAGCGCAUUAAAUGGACUGUGUCCAUUAACGAAAGCAUUUUGCGCUUCUAUUAUAAGGUGACAAACCUCGGUCAAGAAACGAUCGGCUACAGACAACAGCUGUAUGCCGAAUUUUGCAGGGAGUACCCAGAUAUUCAAGUAUCGGAGCAAAGAGUAUCAGAUCAAUACCGGGUAAUCGUAAGAAACAACCUUAUCCCAGAGACUAGACGCAAUACGAUCAAAAGCGAAGUCGAACGAGAGAUUAAUAACUAAGAGCUAGUUUUAGAUCAAGUCCCUAAUGAAAUCCUUGAUGAGCAGAUUCCUGAGAUUCCCAUACCAGAAACUCAACCUGACAAUACACAGCAGGAAAACAACGAGUUGCGCGAUAGUCUAGAGAACGAAAUGGCUCGUGCCGUACAAGAGUUUAAUGGAACAAAUCCACUUAGCAGACCACCGCUACCACGAAUAAACUCUUGUAAGAAACUAGGUGCCCUGUUACAAAUUGUGAAUACUGAAGUCCUACCCAAUUAUGUCGUAGAAGCCCACACAUUGGACUACAGUGCAGCUACAGCAACGUACAAUCUACUGUGCAGCUACAGCAAUUGCCAAUGUAAUGGGCGUUAAGAUCAGAACACGACGGGGUACUAAUAACGGAAGGACUGGUAACAGAAUUGCACCCUGGGAAAAAAGACUUCUCGGAAAAAUCGAAUUACUGCGUAGGGAUAUUGGUCAAGUCACGGAAUAUAUAAGAGGUGUUACAAGUAGAAAGUCAUUAAAAGAGCUGAAGAAAUAAUGCGGAGCACUGCAAGACACUCGAGAUACGAUCCAGAAAAUAACACAGCCCAACAGUGUCUGGAUACAUUAAAACAAAAACUCUCCGUCUAUUCAGGACGAUUAAGAAGGUAUAAAGUUAGCAACAACCGAAAAUGUGACAAUGCACUUUUUGAGAACUCUGAGAAGGCGUUCUACCGAAAACUCAAUUCCACCGUAGAAAGUGUCGACAAGUCUUACCCAAGCCAAGAAGAAAUUCAUGAGUUUUGGGGAAAUCAACUUUCCACACCAGCUGCUUUUAACAACAAUGCUGGCUGGAUAGAAGAUACGACGCACAACUGUCACCACUACAUCACUGCUAACUACGAACCAUUCACGACUGAAGAAGUCUCAAAUGUCAUCAAAGAACUUCACAACUGGAAAUCUCCUGGACCAGAUGGAGUUCAGAACUUCUGGCUUAAAAAGUUUUGGAGUAUUCAUGAGUCCUUAUCAACAUUAAUUAAUCAUGUUAUUUCUAAUCCACAGGAAUUACCAUCAUUUCUAACUCAGGGAACUACUUAUUUAAUACCCAAGGAUCAAAAUAACACUCAAGAUCCAUCCAAGUACCGCCCAAUUACUUGUCUUCCAACUUUGUAUAAAUUGGUCACAUCCUGUGUAACCCGGCGUAUCUACCAACACUGUGCUCUAAACAAUAUCAUAGAGCCUCAACAGAAAGGAUGCUCUAAGGGUUCCAUGGGUUGCAAAGAACAGCUUAUCAUCGACUCAGCCAUUUCUAACCAGGCAUUCACUAAAAAAGGAACCUUUUUACUGCUUUUAUUGACUAUAAAAAGGCCUUUGAUUCAGUACCGCAUGAAUGGCUAAUAGAUAUAUUGAAAAUAUACAAAGUAGAUGAUAACAUAGUGACCUUUUUAAGGCAUAUAAUGAGAGAUUGGAAGACUAAAAUUCACCUCCAAAUACCUGGUGAAAACAAUAUCGAAACCGAAAAUAUCGCAAUCAACCGGGGCCUAUUUCAAGGAGACUCGUUGAGUCCAUUGUGGUUCUGUUUAGCUUUGAACCCCCUCUCCCAGCUAUUAAACUCCACUGACUCAGGUUUUGGCAUUAAAAGCAAUAAUACUGUGGUAGCGAAGCUCAAUCAUCUGUUGUAUAUGGAUGAUUUGAAAUUAAUGGCUUCCACUCGAGAACACCUAAAAGAGAUGCUAAAAACUGUAGAAACAUUUUCUAAUGAUAUUAGUAUGCAGUUCGGUCUAGACAAGUGCCGUGUUUUGAAUAUAGUCAGAGGAAAGGUACAGCCCGGUGGUUUUGAUAUGCAAAAUGGCCAGAACAUCGAGGCCAUGGGCGACAACGAUAUGUACAAAUAUCUUGGAGUAAAGCAGGCGCGGAAAAUUGACCAUAAGCAAAUGAAAACUGAGAUAACUACUGAGUUUAUAAGAAGGGUAAAACAGCUGCUUCGUUCACAGCUUAACAGUAAAAAUUUGUUUAAAGCACUAAACACCUACGCUUGUUCCGCACUUAGCUAUUCAUUUGGUAUUAUUAAGUGGACAAAAACGGAUAUAGAAAAUUUUCAGCGAAAAGUACGAACACACCUCACAAAGGCACAAAAACACCACCCUAAAAGUGCAGUAGAACGAACGACAUUACCCCGGUAUUUAGGAGGAAGAGGACUUAUGGAUAUAGGUGAGCAAUUAGAUAAACAAAUUGCUAAUUUAAGAACUUAUUUUCAGAUGCAGGCCGAGACAUCUACUCUACAUCGCGCUAUCUGCGCAGUAGAUGACACAACACCGAUCAAACUGAGGGAAGCAGAACUGCGCAUAAACCACCUUACUAAGGACGAAAAAGUGCGCGCCUGGAUGGGUAAACCUUUGCACGGGCGACAUCCCAAUGAGGUCAGCCAAGAUUAUGUCGACAAUAUAGCGUCGAACUACUGGUUGACAUCAGGAAAGAUGUUCCCUGAAACGGAGGGUUCAUUACUGGCCAUUCAGGAUCAGGUUAUACCAACCAAAAAUUACCUGAAAUAUAUCAUCAAAG